CCACACCUUGUCGCUGUUGCUCAAUGCUCACCACCUGCUCAUCAAUUCUCACUUGUCACCGCGCGUCUACUGCCACUCUAACUUGAUUACCUACUCUCUCUCAUCAGCGUGAUUCUUCUUUUCGAGCCCUCAUGUUGUAGGCGCACUUUUUUUCUUUGACUUCAGAGCCGACGUGACUGCACGGCCUCUUCGAUUCUUCUUCUCUCCCUAUUGUUCCUAUUCAACCAAGUGACGAUUGUCGCCCUUCCUUUACCGACAAUCGCCUAUCAAUUUAUCCUUGAUACAUUCUUCGGUCGAUCUCCUCGAUUCAUCAGGCCUGCAUCCGGAGUACAGGUCGAUCCAUAAGUCGAUACGGAAUACCAAAACUUCGGAGGCGCGAACGACCAAAUAACAUUGCCGUGGCACCUCUUACUUAGAGACACACUUCGGUGGACACAAGGUCGAAAUGGAUCUUUCUCACAGAUAUUUUCAUGAGUUGGGAAAGCGCGCAGAUUCUGUCACCACGGAUGAUGGCACAGUGUACUCGGUGGUCUAUGUCACCGCGUCGCCAACAUUCACCGGUGUCAUUGGUGGCUAUACAACAUUAAGUGAUGGUGAUGAUGAUACAACCGCGGCAGCGACUGCUACCAGUGGAGAUGCUGAAGCGGCCGAAACAGCUUCAGUCGAAUACAGUACCAACGCAGCAGAGACAAUUACUGCGGCCACUUCCUAUGAUGCUUUUGGUACUACUUCUACAAGCGCAACAACCGCAAAAAGCGCAACAAGUGACACAGUCGUGGACGCGAGCCCUACAACCACCUAUUCACGAAACAAUGUCGCUGAAACAUCAUCAUCCUCCACUUCUGCCACAAACGCGUCAACUGCGGCGUCCUCGUCGUCUUCAACAAAUGCUGCAAGCUCCGACAACACUUCCAGCUCCUCCAGCUCUUCCAGCAGUGGGAUGUCAACAGGAGCGAAGGCCGGUGUCGCCAUUGGUGUUAUCGCCGUCAUUGGGCUUCUUGCCGUCUUCUUACUCUGGUUCCUUGGAAAGAAGAGAAAACAGCGGGAGGCUGAAGCAAACAAAGACAACGAAAAGUCCGCUUACGAUACUGGCGCCGCUGCUACAGAAAUGGCCGACCGAAGCCCAAUUACUGCUUCCCACAAUCCUGCUCCACGACUGAGUCUCCGACCUAUCUCACACACAAUGGGAGCGUUGUUGGCUGCUGGAUCUAUGGCUUCCAACAACCAGUCAAGGCCUGCUCAGGCUCGUAACAUGAGCCCAUCACCUCAACCACGCGGACCCAGCCCAGCUCCUAAAGUCUCAGAAGAACGACAGGAUCCGUUCGCCGAUCCACAAAUGAAUCCAUUUGCUGAUCCUGAGAAAUCUGCCAUGGCUCCGAGCCCAAUUGUGGUACCAGCCCCUGUUGCGAAGCCUGCUCCUAUCGUCCCAGUUGCGGCUGCUGCGGCCCCUGUCACUCGCAAACCUAUUCCCGCGACCAAGUCUGAGGAAGCCUCUGCUGGUACCGGCGCAGCAUCAGCUCUCGAGGCGACAACCGCUCCUACGUCGACAUAUGACCUUGUUACAGAGCCUGCUCCUAUGGCUUCUAGUACACCUGGACCUGUCCCAGAAGAUGCUUCCAAGGCCGCUCCGUCCGCUAUUGAGGCUGCGACUGCUGCUGCUGUCGUUGCUCCUUCCAGCGAGCCAUCUCAGGGCAACGUUUACCGCGUUAUGAUGGAUUUCGCACCCUCCAUGGAAGACGAACUGGAAUUGAAGUCUGGUCAGCUCGUUCGAAUGUUGCACGAGUACGACGAUGGAUGGGCUCUGUGUAUUCGACUUGACCGUUCUCAACAAGGUGUUGUCCCUCGAACAUGUCUUGCCGCAAAGCCAUCCAAGCCAAAGCCAUCACAUCUCAACCAGUACGCUCGACCACCAGCGCCAGGACCGAACGCUCCUCCAAUGUCUCCUGCCGGUAGCCCACGGAACUUCAGUGCACCGCGACCUGUUGGAGCUCCAGGACGCCCGAUGUCUCCUGCAGGACACUCACGUGGACACUCUCGAUCAAUGAGUGCAGCUGGUCCACAGAUGCCGCCUGCUGCGAGAUCUAUGAGUCCUUCACGAGCAUUGAGUCCAGGACCAGGCCAUUUCAACCAAGCUCCACGACCACUAUCUCCAGGUCCUCGACCUCAACAAAAGCGCAGCAUGUCACCAACACCAGCUAGAUCGACACCAAUGGCAGACGUUACAAGACGGCGAAGCAAUUCUGCCAGCAUUGUUCGCGAAAAGCGAAACUCCCCUGUUGGACCCUCGAAGCUAGGACCUGGCCCAUCGGCGCCCGGCACUGCGUUGUGAUUGAUAUUGCGACGGCAAUUGACAGAUCUUGUACCACGAAAACGAAUCCACAAAUGCUUCCAACACACUUGUGCAAACACGUGCUUGACGAUUCCGCUAUCUUUAUGCUUGGUCGGCAAUAGCAUGUCUUGAUGGGCAUGUUCCUCUCUUAUUAUUAUUUUAGUCCUCUACUAGUCGAGAUUUCCAGCACUUGCUCAAACAGUGGGCGCAACGUGGUUUAGCACUGGCGAUGUACGCCCUAUGUGGGCUGGUUGAUACAGGAGUAGGGUGUCAACACAAGUGAACAUAGUGCACAUGUAUCACGCGGCAGUAAAUAGCUAAUGCAUGCUUCAAUAGUACUGAUACAAAUCUUUGCUACCACUUGAUUGC